UUUUUUUUUACCGGCAUCCUGUAGAUCCGAGAGAGGCAGCAUGGAGGAGAGAGGGGGAUGAUGGUAGCAGGUGAAAUAGGAUUAAGAGGUGAAGAGAGGGAGGUGUAGGAACAUGGCGAGGCUCCGUUGUGACUCCUGGUGUGCAGAAGAAGUGACCUUUGACACUGGAGACAAAAGCUUCCGAGACUCUGUCGUGUCCCGCCGGGACAGCCAGCUGAGCUGACAUCAAGUCAUCAUCAUCAGACACUUUUUAUUUGUCAUAUUUGAACUUUCUUUCCAGACCCACAUGUCUCAAAAGGAAAUGGUUUUAAAGCUCGACCACAUGACAUACGUGCAGCCUUUGCUGGACUGAUGCAGAUCACGGCAGCUGCAGGGAUGAACCGCUGGAGCUGGGGAAGCACUGGGAAUGUCAGUAAAUCGGACAGAAGUGGGCCGCGCAGAGGGAGGCUGAUGAUGCUGCUGUGGAUUAUCCUCUCCAGCUCGCUGUGCCUGAUGGUGGACGGCCAGAUGAAGCUCUCACCAGAAACGGUUCAGCAGUGGGCCGUGUCCUUUGGCAAAGAGAUAGCUGCCAUGUCCGCCAGAUACUCUGGAGCUAAACUGCUACAGAAGAAAUACAAGGAUAUCGAGGGUGUGGUGAAAAUAGAGGAGGUGGACGGAGAGGAGCUUGUCAAAAAUUUUGCUGAGGAGAUGGAGGAGAUGCUUGGGAGGAAGAUGAAAUCUGUGAAGAAGUUAGCAGAAGCAGCAGAGGAUGCUGACCUUUACCACGAGUACAAUGAAACACUGGAGUUUGAAUACUUCAACUCCAUGCUCAUCAACAAGUACGACGAGGAUGGGAAUCCAUUGUCUCUGGGAGGAGAAUUCACUCUGGAGGCAAAUGAACACUUUAAUAAGCUGCCAGUCAACACACAACUGAGCAACAUACAAGUCCCUACUAAUGUUUACAACAGAGAUACAGAUAUUGUGAAUGGAGCCUACAUGUCUGAGGCUCUGAACGACGUGUUCAUUGAUAACUUCCAGAAAGAUCCAACUCUCACCUGGCAGUACUUUGGCAGCGCUUCAGGCUUCUUCAGGCUGUACCCAGGGAUCCAAUGGAUUCCAGAUGAAAAUGGUGUGGUCACCUUCGACUGCAGAAACAGAAACUGGUAUAUCCAAGCAGCCACGUCUCCUAAAGAUGUGGUAAUUGUGGUGGAUGUCAGUGGCAGUAUGAAGGGACUCAGACUGACCAUAGCCAAACACACCAUAAAUACAAUCCUGGAUACACUGGGAGAGAAUGACUUUGUUAACAUCAUAGCUUACAGCGACUAUGUUCGCUAUGUGGAGCCAUGCUUCAAGGGCACACUGGUGCAAGCUGAUCUGGAUAACAGAGAGCAUUUCAAGCUUUUGGUUGAAGAGCUUCACGUGAAAGGCGAGGGCAGAGUGAAAAAAGCAAUGAAGGAGUCUUUCAAGAUCCUCAACGAGGCUGCAGCGCUGGGCCAGGGCAGCCUGUGUAACCAGGCCAUUAUGCUGAUAACAGACGGAGCCAUGGAGGAUUUCCAGGAUGUUUUUGAAGAGUUCAACUGGCCAGAACGACGGGUUCGAGUGUUCACCUAUCUGAUUGGAAGAGAGGUGACAUUUGCUGAAAAUGUGAAAUGGAUUGCCUGCAAUAACAAGGGUUACUACACACAUGUCUCCACACUGGCUGAUGUCCAGGAAAAUGUAAUGGAGUACCUUCAUGUUCUCAGCCGGCCAAUGGUCAUCAACCACGAUCAUGACAUCAUCUGGACUGAGGCCUACAUGGACAGUGUGCUGUUCAACACUCAGGCUCAAAGCCUGCUCCUGAUGACCUCGGUUGCCAUGCCUGUGUUCAGCAAGAAAAAGGAGACUUUGUCUCAUGGGAUUCUGCUGGGAGUUGUAGGAACGGAUGUGGCCUUGAGAGAACUGAUGAGACUAGCACCAAGAUACAAGCUGGGUGUCCAUGGUUACGCCUUCCUCAUCACCAACAACGGCUACAUCCUGUCUCACCCUGACCUGCGACCUCUGUAUAAAGAAGGCAAGACGCUAAAGCCAAAACCCAAUUAUAACAGUGUUGAUCUGGCAGAGGUGGAAUGGGAAGACACUGAGGAGAAACUGAGGACAGCCAUGGUUAAAGGAGAAACUGGAGCCAUGUCGUUAGACGUGAGAACUUCAGUAGAUAAAGGAAGGAGAGUGAUGUUCCUGAAGAAUGAAUACUUCUACACUGUCAUCAAUGAGACACCAUUCAGUCUGGGUAUAGUGCUGACUAGAGGAUACGGAAAAUAUAUCUUCACUGGAAACGUCUCUGUAGAAGAGGGUCUCCAUGACUUACUGGCUCCAGACCUGACCAUAGCCAGUGAAUGGACCUACUGUGAGACAGACAUUGACCCGGCCCACCGUAAGCUGACCCAGCUCCAGGCUGUGGUGCUAUACCUUACUGGCAAAGAACCAGAUCUGGAGUGUGAUGUUCAGUUGUUGCAACAAACUUUAUUCGAUGCUGUGGUCACGGCUCCCAUGGAAGCCUACUGGACCGCUCUAAUGCUCAACGCAUCUGGUAUGGAUGAGGGGGUAGAAACGGCCUUCCUGGGGACCCGCUCAGGCCUGAUAAGAUUCCAGAGAUACGCUGGUAUUGAGAAAAGAGUUGGCAAGUCUUUCCUGAGCUCCACAGACAAGGAGAAUAUGUUCACCUUGGACCAUUUCCCAGUGUGGUACCGCAGAGCAUCCGAGUACCCAGCUGGACAGUUUCUAUACUACUUGCCCAGAGAGGAGACUAGAGCAGGGAGGAUAAUAAUCUCCACCACUGCUGUCACUGUUACAGUGGGCAAGAAAACUGCCAUCGCUGGAGCCAUUGGUGUUCAGAUUACUCUGGAUAUGAUGGAGUCCAAAUUGUGGGCCAUUGCAAGACAGCCAAAUGACACAGAUUGCUCUGAUGUCGAUGGGAUUUGUCCUCUCCGCUGUGACAGCUUUGAUAUUUCAUGCUACGUGAUUGACAAUAAUGGCUUUGUCCUAAUUUCUAAAGAGCAGAAUCAUGCCGGAAGAUUCUUUGGCGAGAUUGACGGAUCAGUGAUGACAACUCUAAUCAGAAUGGGCAUGUUCAAAAGGGUGUCCUUGUUCGACUACCAGGCCAUGUGUAAGAUGAACUCGCACUCUGUCAGCAGCGCCCGUCCACUUCUCAGUCCGUUCUAUGGUUUGGCUUCAGCCCUCAAGUGGUUCCUCUCCAACUUCCUACUGUUUCUCCUGGAGUUUAAUAUCUGUGGCUUCUGGCACACGGAGCAUUUCGCUGACGCCAAGGCAUCUUUCAGCGUGUCCUCCUCUCAUAAGAAAAGAGGGGACAUCCUGCAGCCGUGUGACACCGAGUACCCCAGCUUCGUCUACGAGCCGUCAGUCAAAGAGACCAACAGCAUUAUUAAGUGUGGACGCUGCCAGAAGACGUUUGUGGUGCAACAGAUCCCAGAGAGCAACCUGUUGCUGUUGGUGGUGCAGGCAGACUGCGACUGCUCCAGACAGUACCCGCCCCUCACAAUGGAGCCCAAGGAAGUAAAAUAUAAUGCCUCAGUGAAGUGCGACAGGAUGAGGUCACAGAAGAUUCGCAGACGCCCCGAGUCCUGCCACGCCUACCACAAACACGAGAAUGCCAACGACUGUGGAGGAGCUUCUGUUAUAUCUCUCUCUGCCUCUCUCUCCCUCGCCUGCCUCUCCUUCUGGGUGCUUGUCUCUUGAUGAUGGACAACUUCGCUCUUUCAUCCACUCUCAUCUAAACAACCAGAUUGGAAUGAAUCAAUAGAUGUGUUUAGACUCUGGACACCUCAAGUGGAUUUUUUAAAAACUGAUUCUGUCAUUUUUUUUGGCUCAUGACAACAAGAAACCUACUCUCUCACGACAGACCUUUGGUGGUGUUUUUGAGCAGUUUGACUCGUGGAAAUUAUUUCUUCGGAACUGAAGUUAAUGGGCUGUUGUUGCCAUGGAUACUUUUCCAUUAUUUGCUUGUUCAUACACCACUUUGUAUCUCAAAAUGAAAAGAGACUAAAGAGAUGCAGGUGGUGGCUAUGACGUUCAUUGAUAAAAGCGGAUUAUGAGUCACAAGAUGCGACAUAAUAAAGUCCAGGCGGGGAAAUAUGUUGUUCAUUUCCCAUUUCCCACUGAACUGAAUAUUGAAGACACACAUGCAUAUUAUAUAUGCAGCUGCAAGCAUGCACAAAUACUCCACCAUCCUGAAUGCUUCAUCUGCUGACUAUUAUUCAUGCUUUCUUUAAACAGUGAAUGAGCGGAGGGAGAGAAGGGCUACAGCUAUAAAUGGUUAACAUUGUUGUUUAACAUCAGUGUUGCUGCUCAAAGCCGAGUUUCACAAGGGUGUUUGCAAUAUUAGUUCCUCUAAAUGAUGGCUCAGUGCCAAGAAAGUACUUGCACUGGAGUUGAUAAAAAUGUAAUAAAGAUAAUCAAGACAAUAAGUCCCUUCGCUAUCUCGUUUUUUUUAGUUUGUACUUGGAUUACAUCCCAAAAUGUUUGUUUCUGUAACAGAUCUUUUUAAAAAUGUAUGCCUUUCUGUCUUUAUCAACUGUGUCUUUCUGUGUGUUUGUACAUAAUGUAUGUAAUGAUGUUUGGCUGCACAUCACUGGAGUAAACUCUCACAGGAUGUAGAUCUACAGUCAAAAUGGAUAACACAAUGAACGAUCCAAACUGUGUUUAGUUUUUAUUUUUAUUUUAAAGAUACAGUAACAUGGUUUCAAAUAAAUCUAGAACAUAAUACUCCAGAAAAGAUGCAGUUGCACCACAACAUAAAUGUUUCUGUAAUCUAUUUUUAUGUCGGUGACUAUGCAUUUGCUGGCUUUAGUUUUUGGACUUUACUUGGGCCAAAAGAUCAUGUAACUACUACUUUGCAUAUAACAAUAUAAUUUUAUAAAUUCACGAAAAAGAUAGAAGCACUCACUCUGGGAAACAAGAUUGUCAUAUGGGAAAAAAAUGGUUUGGAAAUGCAAUGUAAAUGAACAGUGUAAAUCUAAUUGCAAAGGGUAUUUUUGUACUUGCUUGUGUUUCAUAUUCAUCAUUUCAUUGUAUUUUGGGCUGUGAGUGUCCCCGUAGCUUUUCUAUGUUAUUUCUGAAUCAUCUUCCAAAGCAUGUCUUUAUGUUGAGCUCUCUCUGAUGACAAAAUUGCCUGAGACUUUGCCUGUUUGUGUAAUCGACUCCGAUUCAUAUUGUGUGUGUGUGUGUGUGUGCGCCAUACAGUAUGUUGUGUCUUGCUGAGAUUUUAUGAGUCAUUUUAUUCAUCUGUCUCAUUAUUGUUUGUAACUUCCACUAUACAAUAUUCUGCAUAUUGUAUGGUUGACAUGUGUCCAAGUUGUAUGUUGA